CUUCACCCCUCACCUUGUCUCCUUCCCCACCACCAGUCCACUACUAUUCCUCCACCACCUCCAGCUCCGGUGCUCCAACACAACCAUUGAAUUUUCCCAAAUCCCCCUAAAUUCUCCAAUGCGGCUCCUCCCCGUGCUCCUCCUCCUCCUUGCCGGCGCCACCGUCCGCCUCGCGCGCGCCGCCGACGACCCCUUCCUCUCCGGCGCGCCGAUGAACCACAGCUACAACAUCGACUGCGGCGGCGCGGCGGACUUCACCUCCGCCUUCGGCCGCCGCUGGCUCGCCGACCGCUUCUUCUCCGCCGGCGGCGGCGCCGGGAUGGUCGCCGAGCCGCACCGCUUCCCGCAGCCGCAGGAGCGCACGCUCCGCUUCUUCCCGCCCUCCUCCGCGGGCAAGUCCUCCUGCUACUCCCUGCCCCUGCCCCCGGGCCGCUACUACCUCCGCCUCUUCUCCGUCUACGACAACUACGAUUCCAAGCUCCGCUCCCCUUCCUUCGACGUCUCCGCCGCCGCCACGCUCGUCCUCUCCUUCCGCUCGCCCUGGCCCGAGCCUGCCGCGCGCUACGGCGCCUACUCCGAUCUCAUCUUCCCCUCCGCCACCUCACCCACCUCCGACGUCUGCUUCUACUCGCUCUCCACCGACGCGCCCGUCGUCGCCUCCAUCGAGGUCGCGCCCGUCCACCCGCUCGCCUACGACGGCGCCACCACCGGCGCCAACCUCAUCCUCGUCAACUACGGACGCAUCACCUGCGGGAACAGCCUCUUCGGCCCGGGCUUCACCAAGGACCCUGACGCCUUCUCCCGGGUGUGGCAGGCGGACGUCGAUUUCCGGAACAACGACCUCAACUACGACGCCAUUACCGCCGGCGGGAGGAAGAUUUUCGGCAGCAACCAGCCGCCCAACUACUUCCCUACCAAGCUGUACGAGUCGGCAGUGACGACCGGCGGGGACGCCGCGAAUGAGAUCGAGUACGUGAUGCCGGUGGACACGAGGCUGUCCUACAUGGUGUGGCUGCAUUUCGCGGAGAUCGAUGCUGGGAUCGGGUCAGCUGGGCAAAGGGUGUUCGACGUAAUGGUAGCCGGGAAGAAUGUGACGAGGAUCGACAUUUUCAAGCAGGUCGGAGGGUUCACAGCGUUCAAGUGGACCUACAUUGUGGAGAAUCUAACGAGCUCGACGAUGAGCGUGAAGCUCGUGCCAGUAGUGGGACGGCCGAUUCUGUGCGGCCUCGAGAAUUAUGCAAUGGUGCCGCUUGAAAUGAGGACCGUGCCGAGCCAAGUGGCUGCAAUGAAAGCGUUGAAGGAGUCACUGAAAAUUCCGGCAAGGAUGAGCUGGAAUGGGGACCCGUGUGCGCCUACGACUUGGGAUGCAUGGGAGGGAGUCACUUGCCACCACGGUGACAAAGGGCUUGUGAUCACCCAAUUGGAUCUGGCAAGUCAAGGAUUAAAAGGUUACAUCACUGAUGAAAUAAGUCAUCUGAAAGACUUGGUAAGCUUGAACUUGAGCUAUAAUUCAUUGACAGGAAGCUUACCACCAGGUUUAGGCCAACCUUCACUAGUGUCACUGGAUCUGUCAUCAAAUGAGUUUACUGGAAGCAUUCCUGGCACCAUAGGUUCGUCCAAGCUACGGAUUGUUUUACUGGACAACAAUCAACUCGACGGGCAAGUUCCAGAAAGACUUUACUCGAUUGGCGUGCAUGGUGGUGUGAUAGACCUCUCAGGUAAUAAAGGCCUAUGUGGUGUGCCUACCUUACCUGCUUGUGCAUUAUUCUGGGAGAAAGGAGGGUUGAACAAAACUGGCAAAAUUGCACUUGGAGCGUCAUUUGGAUUUCUUCUGCUUGUCAUACUUAUAGUGGUCUACAUACUGUGCAUCAGAAGGGGACCAUAUGACUACGAUUUUGAAUUCCCUCAAGAUUUGACUUCCAUAUCGGCAAUAUCAGCAAAAAGGAAUAGGUACCAGAGGGCGAAGUCUGUGAUGCUUGCUGAGAUGGAGGCGCAUAGCCCAGAUGGUUUCUACACAAACGGGAGCACUCAUUGAGUGAAGUGUUGUGGGAAAUGGCCUCACUCACCGAUUGCUGUAUUUAUUGAGAAACACUUAUGGCGGCUGCAGGCGUGAAGCAGGGAUCUCGGUUCUGAAUCAAUUUUGCCCGUGUCACCAACAUGGCGUCCUUCCAACUUCAGUAGGCUUCCACUCCAUGGCUGUUACACUCACAGUUUGAACUAUUCGAAAUGUAACAUAUGUUCAUGUGUACUAUAAUACGAGGCGGUCGCUGUGGUAGUUUCUGCAGUGCAGCAAUUCUUUUUGUGGAUGCAGCUCUUUGCUCGAGGAGUCUCCUGUUACUUUAGCUUAGGCAUGCCCCCUAAAUGAAUUAGUAUAUGUAAUGGCAACCAGGACUGGGACAGAUUCGCGCGUUGUACGCUGGGUCAAGGUUGUGUAUUCUUUUUUGUAUAAAACCUGACAUGGUAUUACUGACCGACUAUGGAGUA